AUGUCCAGUACACAGCAGCACUUGCUUGCCGAAGAUACAGCUGGUGCACUGCGAGGUAUCCAACAAAGAACGGCAGCUCCAACAGGCAUUUUUUUAAGGAUCAAGCUCUCCCAACGCCUAAAAAGGCGCUCGAGGUGCGAUUUCGGCAUACAAAGAGGCGGCUUUCUGAUGAUUGCUUGCAGCGAGGAUUGGCGCCAAGUCUUGAAGAGCUGGGACGUGACCCCAAAGCACGGCGUCCCUGUGAGUCGCCACCACGGUUACUUGGGCCACCUAGGACUUGAGAAGCAAACGCUCGCAGCCGCCCUGGCCGCAGGAUGCGUUUGGCGACGUUGCAAGCGCAUUGCCAGGAAGGAGAGCGAGGGCGAGGGCCGCGGCAUCAUCAGGUCUGUCAUCGAGCUGCCGAAGCAGACUGCCUUGGGCAUAGAGAUCCGUGCAAGCUCAGUCGUUGCGGCACCCAUCUCUGCGACUGACGGCACGUUCAAGAAGCCUCCUCUGCGAGCAGAGUACUGCCUCGAUCCCUUGGAUGCGCAUGGGAAUCAGCAAGCAGUCGCAGACUCAAUCCGGCAACUGGUCGCACAUUUCAAGUGGCAAGGGGCGGUGGGCUGCAGCAUCAACAAGACGGUGUGUGAGCUUCUUGGGAUGGAUGCCACUGCGAUUAGUGCCAUGGAGAUGGGAGCUGGCAAGCUGCUGUCAGAGGCUUUGGUCGGCAAAGCUUCGUCCGUGCAUGCAACGGUCCACGCCACGAUUGCCGGCUACAACCACUUGGUUUGGGAUGAAUCAAGUGCCAACGAGGAGAAGAAGGAGAGCUGGAUGCAAGAGGUCGUCCUUGUCGCUACCCUAGGACGGAACAUCAGCACGGUGGUCUUCAACCAUGGGAAGAGGGUGAGGCGCACGGAGUGGUGCCAGUGUGCGCGGCCCGACUCAGACAAUGCAGACAGCCCGGAGGUGAAUGGCUGCCCGCCGCAAGUGCUGGAGCUGUCCAACGCGCUGCCCUUCCAUGCGCCCAGCCUUGAGAGUCCGGAAUGGGGCCAGUGGGCUGAGACCGUCGACGAGAACCUGUCUCAGCUCUUGGCGUCCGUUACAAUCGACCGGCUGGUGAUUGUUCCAACAGGGCGCACUGCGGAAGACGACGCCGCGCUGCUGGAGAACUUGAAGCCCAGGUUGACAAACACCUUCCAACGAGCCGUGGAGAAAGGCUGCAAGGUCUCCUUGGUCGCGCAGGGCGAGGGUUCCAUGGUUCGAGGCGCGGCGACUUCCGCCCUCAUCGAGCUGCAAGCUGAUCAGAUGUUGAAAGAACUGCGGGAAGUUCUCUCGCACGGAUCUUCCCUCCAGAGCGUCUCGGACAACCAGCUCCGGAUCAUCUUCGACCGUUUGGACCUUAAUGGGGAUGGGCUCUUAGAGGUGGAAGACUUGCAGCAAGGUUUGGAGAUGCUUGGGGUGCAGCGAGACGUGCAAGAGCUGCUGAAGGAGCUGAACAUCACCAAAGGCCCGGUCAUGCUGGAGGAGUUCAUGCCCUGGUGGCACAAGAAUGUCCGGAACGCGCGGAUCGUGACGCUGAGCAGCUCGCAGGCAUGGCAGCGCCUGCUGCAGAUGCCUCCGCCGGAGGGCUUCGGUGAUCUCAUCUUGUUGCAGGUCACCUUCACCUUCUGCCGGGCGUGCAAAGGCUUCGAGCCGAAGCUUCGGAAGCUGGCGGAGGAGUACUCGGAUGUCCGGUUCGUUCAGCUGGUUGGAAACGCCUCGAUCGGCGCCAUGAACUUCGUCCAACAGCUCAAGUGCCAAGGCUCCCCCAGCUUCUUCCUCUUCCGGCGCGGCUCUGGCGAGCUUCUUGCGAAGUGGCAUGGUGCCAAUGCUGACAAGGUUCGACAGCAUCUCUCCCCGUACGUGGAGAAUGGGGAGGGUGAGAAUGAGAAUGCAGGUUUUGGCAAUUUCGGAAAUUUUUUUCAGUUUUGA